AGAGCUAAAUUCAACAGUAAAUCUUUAAAAAAUUUGUGGGGAUUUUCUUUGUUGACCUUAUUACCUCCUUCCGAAUCUACAGAGUUGGAGUUUCGGUUCUUUUUUAUCCCAUUUCGAAUAAUACAUUUUUCUCUCUCUUUCUCUGUACCUGAAAGUUUGUCUUCUUGAUUCAUUUCCCUCAAUUCAAUCCAAGCAAUCUUUUUCUCACCAAAAAUUGAAAACCCUUUUGUUGUAUGCUGUUUUCUCUCCCAAAAAUCGAUAAAAAUUCAAUCUUGUUCUGUAAUGAUGAUGACAAUGGAGGGAAUGAUGGAUAAGGGAGUAUUGGAUGACGUACUAAAGAGGUUAUUGGAGGGUGGAGGAGGCAAGCAGGUACAGCUUUCUGAGGGAGAGAUCCGUCAGCUUUGCAUUAAUGCUCGUCAAAUCUUCCUCUCACAGCCCAAUCUCGUCGAUGUUCAAGCUCCCAUUCGCAUCUGUGGUGAUAUACAUGGACAGUACCAGGACCUUCUGAGGCUAUUUGAGUAUGGUGGGUACCCUCCUGAUGCAAACUAUCUGUUUCUCGGGGAUUAUGUAGAUCGAGGCAAGCAAAGUUUGGAGACGAUAUGCUUGCUUUUGGCCUAUAAAAUAAGAUAUCCUGAUAGGAUUUGUCUCUUGAGGGGAAACCAUGAAGAGGCAAAGGUGAAUCGAAUUUAUGGGUUUUAUGAUGAGUGUAAGAGGAGAUUCAAUGUUAGGCUUUGGAAAAUAUUUACGGACUGCUUUAAUUGUUUGCCUGUGGCUGCUCUUAUUGAUGAAAAGAUACUCUGCAUGCAUGGAGGGCUGUCCCCAGAGUUGGAAAAUUUGAAUCAAAUAAGGGAAAUUCAGAGGCCAACUGAAAUUCCAGACAGUGGUCUCCUCUGUGAUCUGCUAUGGUCUGAUCCCAAUCCCAAGAUUGAGGGAUGGGGAGAGAGUGAUCGAGGAGUUUCGUGUACUUUUGGAGCUGAUGUAGUUCAUGACUUUUUAGACAAGAAUGACCUUGAUCUCAUUUGCCGUGGUCAUCAGGUUGUGGAGGAUGGCUAUGAGUUUUUUGCUAACCGAAGAUUAGUUACAAUAUUUUCGGCCCCGAACUAUGGUGGUGAAUUUGACAAUGUUGGUGCUCUAUUGAGUGUUGAUGAAGCUCUUGUAUGCUCCUUUGAUAUAUUGAAACCAGUUGACAAUAAAGCAUCAUCUAGCAAUGCUAACAAGGUCCCCCUGAAGAAGCCCCAUAAAAUCUAAGGAGGCUUGAUGCACCAUGAAAGAGGGGGUUUUGGAGUUCUUGUUCAUUCCAUCAAGUAGGAAAUACAGUAAUCUGAUUCAAUCUAGGGCUUCGGUUACCUGUUGGCUAAAGGAUCAGCUAGGAAGCCUGCCAGAAGUCGAUGCUAGCCAGCAAUUUAAUUGCAAGGAAGUUAUCAAAAAGUUUAAAAAAAAAAAAAAGGGAGGUCUGUACAAGAACGAUGCUGCAUUAGCAGAAAUUUUGCGUUGUAGAUAUUAUUGAGGUACCUUGUACUUUGGAUACUCACUAUCAGCUAUCAACUAUCAACUAUCAACUAUCAACAUGCCAUUAGCAAGUAUCCAAAAGGAAAUAGAUCGUCUUGAUUUGUGUUGAAUAUAUUUGUACAUUUGUUGUUUUGUUUAGAUCAAGUGCCUGCUGAAAAGUCACAGGGAUAUGGUCGAAUAGCUUGAGUUUCCUUUCCUCAACUAAAGUCAAUUCACACAU